AUGGCUUUCCCAAAUGCGUCCUCGAACGACGGGGAGGAUAUUUGCGAGGAUGGUGAGGACAACGCUGGCUUCAUCGAGUGGAAGUGGCAUCCGCUCCUCGCGUGUAUCCAACGCCCCAUCAGUGCGAUACGCUCCAUUGGAGACGAUGCCGUGAUAUGUACAACAAGCAACGCUCUCUUCAGCGUUCACCAUGGCCCUGGAAAUCCUGCCUGGACUAUUAUGCGCAGUUGGGGUAUGGAGAACGCGCAUAAGGUCGUAUUUUCUGGCGAAUCCAUGGCCACCACAGAUUGCCCUCUUUCAUGGCUCAAUUGCAAUUCUGUACCCGUUCGCCAUCACAGCGUCAUGGAACCGCUCUCCGUUCCCUCAGAAUGCAUCGUCAACGCGCUGAAGGUUGGACCGACUCGGAGUGGCGCGGACGCGUUUGCUACAUUGGCUUCUGAUGAUGUCGUCGCCACGAAUUCGGUGUGGAAUAUCCACCUUACGCCCCAACUCGGCAUCUAUGCUUCGCGCGUGCAGGAUGAUUGUAGGCUCCAGCUGCGCUCCAUUGCUCUGAAGAUGUUCUCGAAAGUGGAUUUCUGGUUCUUGGAGGAGAAUUUUGUGAUCGUCAACUACAAUUGCGCGUCCAUCGACGUUUAUCCCAACUUCGAUACCGUGCUUACCUCCGUGGCGCUCCGAUUUGAAGACUGGAUCUCUCUGUAUGAUGUUGCUAUCAUCCAUGGCAGGUUGUCACUCGAGAUAUAUUGGGUAUUCGACUUCCGCAUGAUACCUGACGACAUCGACGACAUUAUCGGCACCGCUAACUACAUCACCUGUUUCGAUGUUUCCGAUGAAGGCGAUGAGAUCCUUUUUGUCGAUCACUCCCUUCGACCCAAUGCCGUGUCAACUGUCCGUGCUGCACGCCUUCCUCUGGACGCUGGAGGGGAUGAGCCAGCAAGCACAACAUUUGCCAUGACUACAACCGUCCUUCGAUGUGGUUCUGGGGAUAUUCUUCGUCAUGUCAAUUUCGUCAAGAGAUAUGGUAAUGCUAUCUGGCUCGGCAGGGCCAAUUCAUAUCUAUGGAUCGAAGUACUUCCACAGAUGAUGAAUGGCUAUCCCUCGGAGGACAAAGCCCCAGUGCUAAAACUAUCUCCGCGCGAUCUGACGAUGUCGGACAUUGGUGAGAUGGCUAUCAACCCAAAUUGGAUCUUGGAUCGUGAUUCCAAGGAAUCAAGCACCUGCAUGAAGGAUGAAGAUGAAGACAUUGUGUUCCUCACCGGUCCAGUUCCUAACGAUAAAAGUUACUUUAUAGGCAAUAGGCUCCAUAAAUAUUUGGGUGACCACAACCUUGUUCCUUUCGGGAACAAGUGGUGCUCGCAGUAUGGCUUUGCGUUGAAAGGGGACUUCAAGCUGGUCAUGGUAUAUGACCGGAUUGAUAUGUUCCGUUCCGAAAUCGACGACCCUGAUCUUCGCGAGCGGAUAGUGAUCUCCCGCUGGAACCAGGCGACAAGGGAAGACUGCCUGGCUAACGACGAUCCCCCUUCUCCAGAUGGCACAAUCCGAGGUUUGGACGUGGACGCUCUAAUGGCAGAGUACUUUGCCCAAGUGGAUCGGGAGGCUAUCGAAGAUGAUCUUAGCAUGGUGAAUGAGUCUGGCGAUGUCCACCUGCUGCGGGUUCAGUUGUGGGAUAGGUUCGGCUUUGCGCCUCACUGA